AAUUGUUGCGUAUGCGUGUGCAAAGCAUAUGCAUAGCAUAUUUCAUUGUUUAAAACAAUCAAUUUGUGGAAACGGUUGUGCAAAAGCAUAUGUAGAACUUAUGUCUGAUACAAGUGCGCUGGAAUUAUGUAUAUGUCGUAGUGCGAGCUGCAGUAGCAGGCGCAAAGAAGAAAGUGAAGCUGCUGCAUCAAAACCAACAACAACAACAAUAAAUUUCGUAAAACAACAAUCGGAACGGAAAAUAGCCUAUAUUUUUGUACACAAGGAACGCACCCUCGCAACGUGCUUAGCAAAAAAAAAAAACAACAAAAAAUAGUAUAUAUAUACAUAACUAUAUAUAUAUAUAUUGUAUAUAACACGGUUGCAAUGUCCAAUGGUGACGAUGUGCUAGACAGCUGGGAGGAAAUUGACGAAGCAGGCCUUUGCAUGACACUGCAAACGAAACUCCAGACCGCCAACGACGACAACAGCAGCAGCAACUUGAACCCCACCACAGCAGCUGAGUCAGCGGCAGUGAACAAAAUGAAAUUGCUACAGCGUCCACAGAACCUGCAGGAGAGCAACGACAGCAGCAGUAGCACAGGAACUCUGGUUGCUGUAAUGCCGAAGCAAAUAAUGAUUGCCAAAAAGCCGCAGCAAUCGGCGCCAACAUUGGAUGCCGAUCUGAACACUGCCCCCGUUAUGAUGGUGCUGCACAAGCCGAACAGUGACUACGAUAGCGUCAACUAUGCAACGCCCAUCAGCAAUCAAACGGUGAAGAUUUUGCGUCGACCAGCCCAGGCCGAGGAGCGUCGCGAUUCAAACGGCAUGCGACCCAAACCAAUCAAGACGCUGCAGCAGCGCGAACAGGAAUACGCCCAGGCGCGCCUACGCAUACUGGGCAGCGCCAAAAAUCCUGAGGAUGAUAAGCCUGUUACGCCACCAAGUGGUUCGCCCGUGGUUGUGCCCAACUCAGUUCAAGCGGAACCUAGUCCGCAUCCACCGCCGCCCGCUGUCAACUUUAACAAUAAUAACAGCGGCAGUGUCGCCACAGCACCUGGCAUGCAUCGCUCCAAUUCGGCGCCAAAGAUGUCGCAAACAGCGCCGAUCUACAACAACUAUAACAACUACUAUCAGGCGCUGCCAAAUCCAGCUGCUAUGGGCUACUUUUAUUCGCAACAGACGCCUUCCAUGCAUCAGCAGCAAGUGCAACAGCAACAGCAGCAGCAGCAGCAGCAAACGCAGCCACCGCCGCCGCACUACAAUCAACGCAUGUCUCCAUAUAUAACAGGGGCGCCACCGGGGCCGCCGCAAACGACCAAUCCUCAGCAGAGCUGGUCGCCCGUUGUGGGCGGUAGCGUAUCGGCGGCGCUGUUGCGUCAGCAAUCGUUGCAUGCACCGUCGUUGCAACAGCAACAUCAGCGAGUGCCGCCGCUGCCACCAUAUGCGGGGCAUCCGUACAAUGAUAAUGUGCUACGACUUCCACGGGGUCCCUGUCCCAAUGGCACCGUUGGAUUUCAGAUGCGUCGGUAACAGUCGCCGCAACGCAUACAAAAUUCUAUAAUUUCAAUGUAUACCAUGCCACAAUUAAACGCAUGCAUUCAAAAAAUUGUCAUUCUGAGAUUGCACUGAGCAACGA